AUGGCUAUGGCACUAAGGCGCUUCCGUCAUCUGCCUUCCCUGCUUUGUCGUUCGUCGUUCGCAAUGAUACGGGGGCUGCCGCAGGCUCCUGGAAGCCUCCCCGCCCCGCUCUCGCAGGGUGCCCAGCAGAUGAUGCUGACCAGACAGCUAGCUACCAAAAAAGCUAAAGGUAAAGGGCAGACUCAAGCCAGAGUGAAUAUCAGUGCUGCCCUAGUUGAGGAUAUUAUCAACUUGGAGGAAACCAAUGAAGACAUGCAGGCCGUGGUAGAAGCUCUGAAAGAAGAUUUCAGCAGAAAUCUCAGUGUUAGAACCUCACCAGGGGCCCUUGAUCACAUAAUCGUGGUGACAAAAGACGGGAAGUUUCCACUGAACCAGCUGGGGCAGAUCUCACAGAAGUCACCACAGCUCAUUAUAGUGAACAUGACCAAUUUUCCAGAGAGCACAGCUGCAGCUACGAAGGCUAUAAGGGAGAGUGGCAUGAACCUGAACCCAGAAGUGGAUGGGACAAUAAUUCGGGUGCCAAUUCCUAAGUGA